AUAAUUAACUAAGUUAGUUGUUCUAAUUCUAAUUCUAAUUUUGUGUAAAUUUUGUCUAAACACUAAGUUUAAAGUAAAAAGAAGUAAUUUUGACUUUUUGGACCCAAGUAUUUUAUGGAGAAAUGGAUUCUAGUAAAACCUGCGACCAUGCAACCGUCUGCAAUGAAUGGUAAUGCCACAACAAAUGGUAACACAUUAAUAACACCAAAUAAUAGUACAACAAAUAAUUCAAACGGUGUUGUAUUAUCAUCAAACACACCUGUUACUAGCACCGGGGCCGGGGUUGUGACAAGCACUGGUGGUGUUACUGUUACCAACGGGGGUGGUAUAUCAAGUCAAUCGAGUACACCGACACAAAGUAUAACACCACCUGGCAAUAAUGCACCUAAAUAUGGUACAUUAGUACCAAACAGAGUAUUUGUUGGUGGUAUAUCUGCGAAUACAACUGAAGUGGAACUUGCCCAAUUAUUUAGCACAUAUGGUACUGUAAAAGCAACUAAAAUAAUUUCGGAUCGUGCUGGUGUAUCAAAAGGUUAUGGUUUUGUAACGUUUGAAUCGGAAGAGGAAGCGAAACGAUUACAACGUGAAGCUGAUAAUAUUGUACUCAGAGAGCGAAAAUUAAAUAUUGCGCCUGCAAUUAAAAAACAGCCAUUUUCACGACCAUUGGAUGGAACAACACCAGGAAGUCCGCCAGGUUUAACAGCCAUACCUACAUUGUCAGCGGCCUUAGCAAAAGGAUUGAAGAAGACAUAUCAUUUUUAUGGUAAUUGCAGUAGAGAAUGUUAUUCUCUAGGUGCAGGUCCCGCAGCAGCUGGUUUUGGUUAUUUCCCAUCAGCGGCAGCAGCGAAUGCUGUAAAUGCGGCCGCAGCAUUAAACGGUCCAUACUUUCAAAACGGUGGUGUUACUUACUAUAAUCCAGCGAUUCCAGCAAAUAGUGGACCUGGUGCGGAUCCAACAAGUGGUGUUUAUCCAGCUGCAGCGUUAUAUCCAGGUGGGGCGGCAACAAGUCAUACAGGUGGCCCACCUGUUUCAGUUACACAACAAUCGGCGAAUUCCGCUGCUGUACAGCAACAACAACAGGCGUGUGCAGCAACAGCGGCCGUUGUACAACAGAAUAUAGCUGCACAAAACGCGGCAGCUAUUGCGGCAGCUGCCGCGGCCGGUUAUCCGGCAAUGUUAUAUCCUCCUAUGUAUAUGCCAGCUGGAGCUCAUCCUCAACAGUACGCAACGUAUCCAGGACAUGUACCGUCUAGCAAUGGAUUUCUGACAGCUGAUGCAACUGGGAUACCCUACUCCUUGGCACCACAACCCACAUACGUUCUAUUGGACACCAUUCAAUACUGAGUACAGUAAAACAACCCCUCCAACUAUCAAAAUUUAAACAAAUUCAAAAAAAAAUAUCACUUGUGGUGUUUUUUUUAUAUGUGAAAAAUUUUUUCUUAUAAAGUGUGUCAUUGACUUACAAAAUACGUCAAACACGCUUUCAUAUUAACUAAAUCAGCUUUUGUGUCAUCAAAAAUUCGUCG